AUGGGGCUACCUCAGAGGGCGGGGGACCGGGCGGAGCUGCGCAAGAGCCUGAAGCCGCUGCUGGAGAGGCGACGGCGCGCGCGCAUCAACGAGAGCCUGAGCCGGCUCCGGGGGCUCCUCCUGCCGCUCUGUCCCUCUCCCUGCGGCCGAGCGCUCGACUCCCGCCCCUCGAAGCUGGACAAGGCCAACGUCCUGGAAAUGACCGUGCGCUUCCUGCGGGGGCUGCCCGCGGCCCCUGGCCCCGCUGCGGCGCCCGCGUCCCCCGACAGCCACCGCGAGGGCUACCGCGCUUGCCUGGCGCGCCUGAGCCGCGUGCUGCUGGCCCGCCGCGUCCUGGAGCCCGCCGCGAGCGCGCGCCUGCUGGAGCACCUGCAGCGGAGCGCGGCCCGCGCUGCCCCCGACGGCAAGCGCGCGGGGGUCCCCGCUGACGCGCCCGCGCCCUCCCCGCCGCCCGCCCCCGCGCCGCCCGCGCCGCCCGACCAGCCCUGCCUCUGGCGGCCCUGGUAG